AUGUUGGUCGAUCCAAGUCUGCCGCCCACGAUCCAGCGCUCGGCUAUCCCGCUCAAGGAGCCUUUACACUACAAGAAGGUGCUCGACCAGUACGAUACUUGGCUUUUCGACUGCGAUGGAGUCAUCUGGACGGGGCCUGCGGGAGAUACAUUAACACCCAAUAUUGGCGAGGCGAUUGCGUACUUGCGCAGUCUCGGCAAAGGCGUCGCCUUCGUUACGAACAACGCGACGCGGAGUAGACGACAAUAUCAAGAGAAGUUCGCCGGCUUCGGCAUAGACGUCUCUAUCGACGAGAUCUUCACCUGCGGCUCAGCAACAGCCGAAUACCUGCGCGCCAACGUCCUCCCGUCCAUAAAGGACGAGGCGAAGCGGAAUGUCUAUCUUAUUGGCCAAAAGGCGAUGGAGGAAGAGUUCGAGAGCGAAGGGUUGAAAUGGAAGGGAGGAACCGAUCCCGAAGACGACGUCUUGCUUGAACCGCAAGACUUUACGCCUAUCAAGCCGGAUCCGAGCAUCGGUGUCGUCUGCUACGCUUUCCAAAUGCGCAUCAACUACUGCCAACUUGCCAAAGCCUACUGCUACCUCUCCGCCAACGAAGGGUGCAAGCUCAUCCUGACGAACGACGACGAGUCGUUCCUCCUGCCCGCGGGCGGGUUCGCGCCAGGCGAAGGCGCCAUCGCUCGAGUCUUGUUCGGCGCUCUGCCGAGGAGUUAUAAGCCUGCGAUCGUGGGCAAGCCGCAUCACCCUUUGCUCGAGGUCGUCCGUCGCGAGACCAAGUUUGACCCGAAGCGCACCGUCUUCGUCGGAGACCGCCUCGAGACGGACGUCCUCUUCGCCAAGCGCGGCGAGAUCGACUCGAUCCUCGUCUGGACGGGCAUCUCCAAGCCCGAGAACCUGCUGGGACUGCACCGCGACCAGCAUCCCGAGUACACGAUGUCGCAUGUCGGCGCGAUCCUCGACGCCCGACAAGCAGACAAGCUGCCCAACUAG